CUUUCUAAUAACUUACUCCAAUCAACAAAUAAUUCGGCACGACUUGGUUCGAAUCACUUCUAAAACGUUGCUUGUCUUCAGUGCGACGCUACAUCAUCUUCGCAUCAUAUUUUAAUCACCUCAAAAGUACGUUCAACUCGCUACAUCUCCGAGACCUGACUCAGUACCUACUUACUAUCCUGGCUAUCACCGAGCUACCUAUCUAUCAUGCAUCAUGCGAGUUAGCCUUGAACCAACCAUUUUCUAAUCGCAUCUGAUAUAGGUUCAAGGAAUACCACCGCCGACAAACGCCGCACUCGAACUCGGAAUUUCUUCUUUUACCUACACACUCCCACAAUACAAAACUCCGGGCCCAUCCCCUCGACCGAAAUCAUCAACCCAUGUUGUAUUAGACGAGGGCUACACAUUUCCAGUCACCCCCCUCGUUAACAACCGAGUCUUAAUGAGCUAUCAUGGCCAGCCCUUCGGGUGCUUCAGGCCAGUUCGCCUCUGAGGCUGCCAGAGACUACAGUGCUCUUGUGUCGAGUAGUUCUCCGAGCUCACAUUCGUUGUAUAGCGAUGACGGCCAACGCGAAAUCGACCAGAACGACCAAGACCCAGACCAAUAUCACCACCAAGAUAACGCACAAGAUCCAAUAUGCCCUUGGCGGAAUCGUCGCUUCCAUCACCAAGAAUGUUCGCGAUACUUCGACUGCCCAUCCCACACCAUCGAGCGGAGUCUAUCGGAGAGUGGUUCAGGAGACCAAGAAUCCACCCAUAGCUCGCAUCACUCUCGCACUGAGAUCGAACGAGAUCAGUCUGGAGCACAAACUAUUCGCUUAUCAAACCAAGAGCUUGCACAAAUUGGGAUCACUAGAGAUAAUGUCCCAAGCCCAGACUCGGACCAUGCGAACGUUGACAGAGAUGCUGCCUAUAUUACGAGCGAUCCUCCAUCGAACCAAGCUCCUUUACCCCCCGCAGUUACCCAGGAAUCAGGUCAAUCUUCGACAGGUACACCACACACUUCACUAUCGACAUACCCUGUGAGCUACUCUCGUGACACGCGGUUCGAGCAACCUGAUUCUCAGAGUGUUGUCCCUAGCAACCCGGAUCAGAGAGCUAGGUCCAGCCAACGCAUAACCGCACCAAACUCACAAGGGGCUCAACGAGCGCACACAACUCCAUCCCGAGAAAGAAUGGAUGCACCAUUACCAUCCCCAAGACCUUUGGAAGAGGCACUCCCACCACUUCCGCGCUCUGCUCGCCAGUCAAUAUCGUCAGAUCAGCAACGCCCAAGAUGGCAGCCGGAUAAUGAGGUCACAUAUUGCCCUAUCUGCCAUACGCAGUUUAGUUUCUUCAUCCGCAAACAUCAUUGCAGGAAAUGUGGAAGGGUCGUUUGCAACGCCUGUUCACCGCACAGGAUCAUCAUCCCCCACCAAUAUAUUGUACGACAACCUGGCUCCGAGGCAGCCAUCCAUCAAUCACUGCUUGUUGACGGACUAGGAGCCGGAUAUUUUGAUGUGAAUGACAUGUCAGGAGGUGAACGGGUGAGGCUUUGCAAUCCUUGCGUACCAGAUCCGAAUACAGCGCCCCCGCAAAGCCCGAGUCCACAAGCAACUCUUUCGCCGCGAACUUCUCACCAGAGGUCACGAAGCAGUAUUGGCAAUGCCUAUGGAGCACUGCAGUCGUCUAAUCGACAUGGUGCAGUUUUCGCGCCCGGCACCGGUGGCGACCCGUACAGAUAUCUCUCUCUCAGGACGAGGAGUGUCACAAUGGUACUUUGCCUUUCUCUCACUGAAUUUUUCCAUAAACUGACGUAUCACUAGGGCUCGGCGUCAUCUGGUUCUUCUCCUGGUCCUACCUAUAGAAGACGUAGUGGAGCGCUCCAGUCGCGUUUUGACCGAGUCCAAGCAAGUGGCCAGGCUGCUUCGCCAUCUUCAUAUCCAGAUCGCUAUAGCUCACUGGGAGAAUCAUCGACCAGGCAGCGGGAGCUUCCGCCUACGCCACAGAUUGCCGAGGAAGAUGAAUGUCCUGUUUGUCAUCGCGAGCUGCCGUCCCAGAGCUUGCCAAAUGCUGAGGAACUUCGUCAGUCACAUAUCACGAAGUGUAUCCAGACUCACAGCGCGUAUGGAACGUUGGGUGCUGGUGAGGAUGGCGGAGCGCCAGCUGUACCCCGGUUGACAGGCAUGUAUUGUUAUUCCGCAACGGAGAAGGAUUGCAUCGAUGAUGCAGAGUGCACCAUUUGUCUCGAAGAAUUCACUGUUGGGGAUCAAAUGGCACGUUUGGAGUGUCUGUGCAGAUUUCAUAAACACUGCAUCUCGUCUUGGUUCCGUAAACAUCCCGGACGAUGUCCAGUUCACCAGCAUGGCUUGGGUUAUUAAGGGAAGAGGCGUUUAUUGCAUACGAGAAUGGCGUAACGGAUAUAGGACUGGCCACUUUUCAGCAUUUUCUUAUGUCUUAGAUUUGGUUGAGCACUAGCCACUGUGCCUUUGUUCAUUGCAGCGUUUGAACUUGAAUAUGGGUCAUGUAGUUGUGCAAGAAGUAUUGGAUAUUUUAAUACGAUGUGACGAAGAAUACAGAAAUACUCAUGAAAUUCACUCCAUUGUAAGCCAUUGUGUCAAUAGCCUGCUUUUAAAGUUGAUUCCUUGGUCUUG